GUGUGGGGUGCGGAGACGGCAGAGGGGCGCACGCACGCACGCACGCAUGAGCGUACGCAUGCAGACAACCUCUUUCUCGUCGCGGAAAAGACAACAUGCGAUAAAAUGUCGCCCACCCCAUCGUCGCUGACCUGAGUGAGAUUGAACAACCGCUCGCUCACUCGCUCGCUUCAGUGUUCGCCGUAGCCUGUCGCACGUAAAACGUCAAACGUAAAACAGAGGUACUCGCGUACAGACGUGUCGUAUCGGAAUCGCGUACAAAUAACGUCAAUGACGACAGUCGUGCGAUUAUUAACCUUUCCGUUUUUAUAAAUCAAAAUAAAAUCUUUUCUAUUUUAGGAUGUGUCAAUGCUCGAUGUAUCGGAGAAUAGCCGUUUAACUUUCCACAAAGAUUUGCUCUGUUACAAGUGAAAUUCACGUGCGCGUCCCGAGUCGCCACAAACGCGUAACUUGGCGCAAUUCGAUGUUGCGCGGCUUCCUCAUCGACGUGUGUCUCUCGCGUUGUCAACAGCGAACAGCUCGGUGGAAAUGUGAUUGAUCGCCUGUCACCCAUACGGUCCUUUUUACCAUCUCUUCCUCCACCAGUCAGCAGUGUACGCUCAACAACGACGACGACGAUACGGCCGCCGGCGCGCCUCUCUUUCAUUUUAAAUAUAACGGUGUAUAAAUAAGUAUGAGCAAUAGCGGGAGUGCGCUGUGAGGCUCCUCGCACCACCACCGCCGUUGAUUUUUCUCCCAACCGCGCAGACACGCUUUGUUUAUCCACGCGCUCCCUGCGCUAGAGAGAGGGAGAGUGAUAAAUAGAGGGAGAGAGGAAGCGUAUGCGAGGGAUGUGCAUCGUCCCGUCGGUUGCACUCGAACAAUUGUGACUUUUUCCAUUGUACGCUGCGCUCUACGCUGUUCUUUGUGCACGGGUAUGCAACACCGAAAUCAAGGUGAACUUGGGGUUUUCAACUAGAAGAUACAAAGUCAAACUUUUAUUCUUAAUGACAGGCAUUUAACAUGCUGGCAUGCCUAACAAAAAAAUUAUUAAGGAAAACUUAAAAGAAACUUUCCCUAUUGAGAAAAACAUAGGUACAUCAUUACUCCUGGAAACGUACAUUUGGAUUAAUUGCUUUUAAAUAAUGAGGAAUAUUUAUCAUCAGACGUUGAUUAAGCGUAAACUUGGCAACCAUUCGUAUACUCUGUAUACAAGAAAUAUACGUGAUGCUGUUGUUUCCAAACUGCUUGCAGCUGUGCAAUAAGCUGCAGCAUGAUACUGAAGAUCGUCCUGAUUGUACCGAUACCUGUAUAAUGUUAGAAGAAUUUUGCAUAUUUGCCGCAGAACUGGCACAUCUGUGCGAGCAAGGAACAGCAGCUGUUCCUAUGAACGCCUCCCGCUCAUUACUCGGUGAUGGAAAGGAUACUAAUCACAAAACUGGCUCAAAGAGAAUGGCAUAUGAGGUAUUUUUGGGAGGCUCUUGCAAUCCAACCACCUGGAGGUCAGACAUAGCGAUACCGACUCUUCAGAACCUCGGAAUUACUUAUUACAAUCCUCAAGUAUCACAAUGGGCUCCAGAGUUGAUAGCCCAGGAAUACGAGGCGAAGCAAACGGCACGGAUCUUGCUGUUUGUCAUCGACAAUCAGACGCGCAAUAGUGCGAGUAUUAUUGAAGCAGCUCAACUGUCAGCUACGCGCAGCGAGUCGUUGGUUCUCGUUAUUUAUCCGUAUCGCCAAGGGCAGACUAUACUCGGAGAGAGUGUUUCUACGCAAGAAUAUUAUGAUUUAAUGAACGGGUUGUUAGUACUUCAGUACCUAAUGGAAAGGCAAAGGAUACCGAUAUUCGAAAGUGUGUCGGUUGCUCUUCACUGCACGUCCAAGAUGUUACGCGAAGAAAUCAAUGUGCAGGAUUGCACGAACCUGUACACCGAUGAUGGCAUCAGACCUAUAAGAAUCUCACUCACUCAGAAUGGGACAGAUACUAUUACGUUACGGGAGAUUUUCAAAUCUAUGGACGUCAAUGAUAGCGGCAUGGUAAAAUUAGGAGAGGCUUGGCUAAUGUUGCAGUCAAACACAAUAUGCAAUAACGUGUCCCUCUCGGAUCUGCUCAACGCAGUGAAUAAGUCCGAAAUGUAUAGGACGCUGAUAAACGAAUUUCCGGCGAAAGAUGAUCCGACAGAACUACGAAUCAAUUUCGAGCAGUUUUGCGCGUUGGCCAGCGAAUCAUCGUGGACGCGGACGAAGAAUAACGGCGUCUCUUGUGAAAGUGAGAUACCUUCAAUAUGGAAUAUAUUAAGUAGGAAGGCCUCAAAUUUCCUGCGUCGAGCUUUCGUACAUCCUUUUAAUCGUUUCCUAGAUUGGGCAAAUUCCUUCGUACAGGAGUUUGAGAAAAGGGAUAUUUACAUCGGCGUAGUUAGUAAAGAUCUGGUUUGGCUAGAAUCUUCUGCAGUACCGCUGUUAGAAUCAAUGAGAUUGUCUCUGUAUCGACCAAGCCUGAACGAGUACAACGUAAGGAUAUUGCCGCAGGAAUUGCAGAAGAUGAAGAACUCGCGGUUGAUCCUGUUGAUAGUGCCGCAGCACUCGCGCGGUAUCGCCAUCAUGGCAUUGGCAGCUCACUUGAUUGGACUGCGCGCUAAGCUCGUCCUCUGUGUUCAAACUUUUCCCGAAGAUUCUAUCGUGUCUGGUGAACAACUGACUGAACAAGCCAGAAAAGAUUACAACCGAGGAAGGAUGUACCUGUCGGACUAUGCGACGCGCGAAGGUGUACCUGUUUUUCACAAUAUCGCUGACGCUCUGCAACACGCGAUACAAUUAGUUCAAAGUCCCUGUUGACUUAAUUGCUCUUUACUGCUUUUUUUUCUUCUUUUUCUAUUAUUUUCGUACGAAUAAGCUCGGUUCGACGACUAAUUUAUUUUUACUCUUAACAAUGUCCAUCUACCAUUGGAGAUCUACGCGAACACGAUAGGAUAUGAUGAUGAUAAUGAUGAUGCCGCACUAUCAUUAUUAUUUCUAUUAAAAGUGACUAUUGUAACCAUCGUUGGCAUGAAAUGCCUCUCACGAUGUUAUCUUAUUGCCAUCGUCUCAUCGCUAGCUCUCGCGCUACAAAUAGUUAACGAUACCAUUUGUUUAUGCAUUAUUAUUACUACUACUAUUACUCUUACUGCUAUUACUAUACUACUAUCAUUACUAUUAAUUGUUACCGUUUUUAAAUUCUUGACAAAGUUGCAACACAAAUAGUCAAGAUCUUUUACUUCCAUCGAGAUAUUCCAUUUAUUAUUACUAUUUAUUACGAGCAUACGGCAUUUCUCGAGCAAUUAUUUUUACUUUGUUGGUGAAACACAAUUCUUUUUAUUUUUAUCUUUUUUGUUUUUAAGGAAAGAGUUGAUAUAUAUAUAUGUGCUGUUUUAUACUGGCUAAGUGCAUCGAGCAGCUAAUUGUUUUAAUAUUAUUUAGUUCUUUUUUUAUUACUAUGUUUUUCUCUUAUCGAAUGAUGUUGAACCUUUUAUUUAACCGUUGUAGAUCAUUAGAAAAAAAAAGAAGAAAAAAAAAAGAGGGCGGUCUUUGAUGGUAGACGGACAUGUACUAUUUUUCUCGUUUUUUUUUUCUUUUUUAUAGCAACUUAACGUUCGCAAUUUUUUUGUAACCUUUUGGUAACGUGGUUGAGGAUUGAUUUGAUAUACGUGUACAUAAACCUUGUAAUUGUUUCUAAUUAUCUAAUCAAUUAACUUGGCAUCUAAUCGAAGAGGGAUAUAUCACACGAAAUUCACUUGCGUUUUGGGUGCGUAAUGACGUGUGUUUGUGUACGCAGAUGCACGCGUAUGUACAUCUCGUCCGCGUGUAUCCGUAGCGAAUUCUUCGUAGAAUUCAUCCCCCGUUUCGGUGCACCAAAACGUGCAAAUAUAAAAUUCCAAUUGUCGAUGAUAACGAGAAUUUCAAUAACGCUAUAUUCUCGUUCCAAUCGGUGUACAACAUACGAGUAAGUGAAUGAUGAAUGAGGAAAAAAAUGAUUGAGUGAGUGACUGAAUAUGUGUAUGUGUGUGUUGAGAGAGAGCGAGCAAGCGAGCAAGCGAGAACGAGAUGUUAAAACAUUUAUCAUCUCUUCGAAUUACUUGAUAUCUUGCUCAUAGACCUCAUCCGUUUGAAUGAAACAAAAAAAAAAAAACGACAAAAAAGUGGCUCAAGAGAAAAAUCAUUUAUUAUAUCUUCUUUUUUUUUUGCACGAAUGGUUUCACGUACACAUAUUUCAUUCAACAUUUUCUUUUCAAAAAUAAAACAAAACUAUCACCGUU